AUGACGACUGAAAAUCCUCUCUCAGGUGAGUGUUCGGUUGAUGGAAACUCUUAUGAAAGAGGUAAUGAAGAUGAAUGUUCAAGUAAUGGUAGUCAAGAUGAUGUGAAGCCGAAGGUGGAUCGGCAAUAUACGUUAGAGCGUAAGUCCAAGAGCAUGCCAAGUGACAUUCAAAGGGACAUAGAGAUUUUGGGAGAAAGAUCGAAAGAGAACGGUGUUGAGAGCGUGCAGUUCCUGUCUGACCGUGAAGAUGACGGUGCUGAAACGGACGAUGCUCCGAUUUGGGAACCGCCGGAGCCAGAGAACUCAGAAGACGAAGUAGAAGAAAGUGUUGCGGAUAUCGACGAUGAUGAUGAAGAAUGCGGUGAUGGGUCUAAGUGGGCUAAAUCAAGUUUCUCAGGGGAGUUGAAAGAUGAAGGCAGUCAAAAGAGGAAGUCUUAUGAAGAGAACAGAAGAGCGAUGCUUGAAGGAGCAGAUUCGAAGUUUAAGUUCAUUGUGAGUCAGCUUGUUAAGUCAGGUGGCUUGUCUUCAAUGGAAGAAGGUGAGAAUUGGGUGGAGAUUGUUUACCGGUUAUGUUGGGAGGCUGCUUCACUGCUGAAACCGGUUAUUAACGGCAAACCGAUUGAUCCAACUGAGUACAUCAAAGUGAAAUGCAUAGCAACUGGUUCUUGCAAUGAAAGUGAAGUUUUUAAAGGACUGGUUUUCAAAAAACAUGCUGCUCUUAAACACAUGGCUACUAAGUACGAUCAUCCGAAGAUAAUGUUAAUUGAAGGAGUAUUGGGACAGCCAUUAAGUGGAUUAUCUUCUUUCCAAUCAAUGGAUCAGGACUUAAAGUAUGUGGCGCCUGUUGUUGCUGUCAUAGAAGCUCUUAAGCCUGACGUGAUGCUGGUGGAAAAAUCUGUGGCACGUGAGAUCCAACUGUCUAUUCUUGACAAAAAGGUCACGCUGGUGCUUGACAUGAAGCACCACCGUCUACAGAGAGUUUCUCGCUGCAUUGGCUCGCCGAUUGUUCCAUUGGACGCUCUCUCUAGUCAGAAGUUAAAGCACUGUGAAUCUUUUCGAAUUGAGAAAAUCGUUGAGGAGCAUAAUGCUGUUGGCGAUGCCGAGAAGAAGCCUACUAAAACGCUCAUGUUCAUAGAAGGUUGCCCUACACGCCUUGGCUGCACGAUAUUACUGAAAGGAAGCCACAGUGAGAAGCUGAAAAAGGUCAAAGAAGUAGUGCAGUAUUCGUAUAUUCUUGCGUAUCGUCUGAUCUUGGAGGCUUCUUUCCUAGCUGAUCGGCAAACAAUGUUCUCAACCAUUCUUACAAAGGAACCAAUCUCCUUUGCUGCGGAAACAGAGAAGCUUCCACUAUCUCCUUCUCCUUCUCCUGGAGAAUCUGCCUCUGAAGCAGUUGAGCUUCCUCUGUCUAACGGAUUCGAUGAACAGUCUGAUGGCGAAGCAGAUGGUGAGAAAGCUGAGAGCUGGGACUCGGAUGGAGAUCAUCAUGUCUUCUCUCACGAGCCAUAUAAUCCAGUUAUUUUCACCGGCUUCUCGUCUUUAUCUGCCAAGCUAAGUAAAUACCUAGGCUUUGUUCAGAAUCCGGAAUCAGUUCCGGUUUCUGUGGAUACAAUCAGCAAUCUUGCUUCCAUAAGUGAAGAUACUGCAGAAAAGGAUGAAGAAAACCAACAGUCUUUGUUACUUGACCCUGAGCUCCCGGUAAGCACUUCGAAUUCAGAUGAUGGAGACAGGUCUCAAAUGGAGAAUGAUGUUGAGACGACCACUUUGGAUAAUGAUGCUGAUGGUAUAUUGGUCUUGCUGUCCAAGAGGAAUGCCGCCAAAGGGAUAAUGUGUGACCAAAGUCAUUUUUCGCACAUAAAGUUUUACAAGCACUUUGAUGUUCCCUUGGAAAGCUUCCUGAGAGAUAUGUUUUAUCAGAGAAGCCGAUGCAAAACGUGUGAGGAGUUUCCCGAAGCACAUUUUUACUAUUAUAAUCAUCGCAACAAGCAACUAACGAUCCAAAUCAAGACACUUCCUCUAACGAAGUGUUUGCCUGGCGGGGAAAAAGGAAAAAUAUGGAUGUGGAGUCGUUGUGGGAAGUGUAAGAAGAAGACUGGGAACCGGAGAUCCACAAAACGAGUGCUGAUAUCGACCGCUGCUCGUACCUUGUCGUUUGGGAAAUUCCUGGAGCUCAGCUUUACUCAGCAGACUUUUCUGAAUAGGUUGUGUAGCUGUGGUCACUCUUUCGAUAGAGACUUCCUUCACUUCUUUGGAUUAGGCUCUAUGGUUGCUAUGCUCAGUUACUCCCCAGUAUCAUCUUACACAGUGUCUUUGCCGCGCAUGAAGCUAGAGUCUAGCAUUUUGAUAAAAGUGGGUUGGCUUGAGAAAGAAUUUCAAAAAGUGUUCACAAAAGGGAUCUCCUUGUUCGAGGACGCUGCUAGUUUCUUGAAGAGACUAAGAUCACAGUUCACAAAUUCAGAUCUCAGCUAUCAGCAUGCACUCAAACUGCUCUCUAACAUCGAUGCGUUGCUGAAGCAGGAGCGGACCGUAUUUGAGGAAACCAUCAGUGUUUCUUUUGACAAGGCCAAAACCAUCGAUGACGUGUCGCACAAACUGCUCCGGUUAAACCGAAUGAGGUGGGAGCUUCUGCUUCAAGCUCUCAUCUGGAACUACCGGUUGCAGUCGCUGGUUUUAUCUGACCGUUUGCUACCAAGUGGCGAGAAGAAGAGAAAUGAAGAAGGUGCCAAGACCGCUUCCGAGGCCGGCAUGACCAGAUAUGAAAACAAUGGAGACGUGGAAGGCAAGGAAAUACCAAUCUUUGGUGGAGACAAUGAUCACGUGGAAGAAAUGCAAACUAUGUCCACCAACAAUCAUUUUGACACUCAUUUGGCUGUUAAUAUCCAUUCAACCAAUGAACAAGAAGCGGACAAAUCAGUUCCAGUCACCGGAGGAGAUUCACUGAAUGGCAACGAGGUUGCUGCCUCUAAUGUGUCACAGAUUUUAGGGUGGGAAGAAUGGUUUUGGCGUCCGUUUGAAGAGAUACGCUUGAAGCCCAUCGUCGAGGUUGAGAAAGAAUACUUGUUGAAAUUCGAGUACGUCAACAACUUCACCCAAGAAAACCUACAGACGGUGAACCAGAUCAUCGCCGAGGAAGGUUCUCGUCUGCGCAUCUCUCUGAGGGACGACGAUUUCAUCUUGUCAGACUACGAAGACGAGCUCUCGAGCCUCAUUGCCUGCGCGCUCGCGCAUCUGAGCAGUGAAGAAAGCAACAGACUGCCUCUUUCGAGGUGCAUACAUGGAUCUCUUGAAGGGUUCUUGGAAAAAGAUCAAGAUUCAAAGCAAACUGUGGAGGCUCCACGUUUCGCUAGUGAGAGCACAAAUCGUUUGGAGACGUUACCUCCUCCAGAGGUUCUUGUUACUUUUGGUUCGCUCAAAUCAGUUGGCAAACCAAAAUACUCUAUCGUCUGCCUAUAUCCAGACGAUUUCCGUGACCUCAGGAAGCGUUGUUGCUCCUCGGAGCUUGAUUACAUAGCUUCGUUGAGCCGAUGUAAGCCGUGGGAUGCUAAAGGUGGGAAGAGCAAAUCCGUGUUUGCUAAGACUCUGGACGAUAGGUUCAUCGUGAAAGAGAUCAAGAAGACGGAGUACGAGUCGUUCGUCAAGUUUGCUCCAGAGUAUUUCAAAUACAUGAAGGAGUCGUAUGAAGGCAACCAAACUUGUCUCUCCAAAGUCCUUGGGAUCUAUCAGGUAACCGUAAGGCAGCCAAAGAGCGGGAAAGAGAUACGGCACGACCUGAUGGUGAUGGAGAAUCUCAGUUUCGGAAGAAAAGUGACUCGCCAGUAUGAUCUCAAAGGCGCUCUACAUGCUCGGUUUAUCGCUAAUGGCGCGGAAGAUGUUCUGUUGGAUCAGAACUUUGUCAACGACAUGAACCAAUCCCCGCUUUACGUCAGCAAAACAUCGAAACAGAAUCUCCAAAGAGCGGUUUAUAACGACACCAGCUUCCUCACCAGCAUAAACGUGAUGGACUACUCGUUGCUGGUUGGAGUAGAUGAUGAGAAGCAUGAGCUGGUUUGUGGGAUCAUCGACUACUUGAGACAAUACACAUGGGACAAGCAAUUAGAGACGUGGGUGAAAGCGUCUUUGGUGGUUCCGAAGAAUGUACAGCCGACAGUGAUCAGUCCCAUUGAUUACAAGACGAGGUUCAGGAAAUUCAUGAAGACACAUUUCUUGUGCGUACCUGACCAAUGGUGCAACAACCAAGGAGACUGA